CCAAGAGAUGUUUAACAUUCCCUGCCCAACACUAUCUUGAAGAAGUCUGGAAGGUGCUUUCACAGGCACACCAGGAGGGCUCUCCUGUUCUCUUUACAAAUGCAUUAGGUCACAGGUGAGAUGGCAGGCGCUGGGCCACGCAAGGGCAGGAAGGAUGACAAUGGCAUCGGCACAGCCAUCGACUUCGUGCUGUCCAACGCCCGGCUGGUGCUGGGCGUGGGCGGAGCAGCCAUGCUGGGCAUCGCCACGCUGGCCGUCAAGCGGAUGUACGACCGGGCAAUCAGUGCUCCCAGCAGCCCCACUCGCUUGAGCCAGUCGGGAAAGAGAAGCUGGGAAGAACCGAACUGGCUGGGCUCCUCCUCACGCUUGCUGAGCCAGGACAUGAGGACUAACAUCAGCCGCUCCCUGCAGACCCUUCCCACCGAUCCUUCGUCUGCAGACACAGACUUUUUCCGGCCCACAAAGCCCAAGCCAUCUGCCAAGAGGAGUCAAGUGGAGCUGAAAAAAUCCCGCCUCCGCCUGUCUCUGCAGGAGAAGCUCUUUGCUUACUACCGGCGGAAGGUGGCCAUCCCAGCGGAGGAGCAGGCCCGGGCCAAGCAGGCAGCUGUGGACAUCUGCGCUGAGCUGCGCAGCUUCCUACGUGCCAAGCUCCCGGACAUGCCCCUGCGUGACAUGUACCUCAGUGGCAGCCUUUAUGAUGAUCUGCAGGUAGUGACAGCUGAUCACAUCCAGCUCAUUGUGCCUCUGAUGCUGGAGCAGAACCUGUGGUCCUGCAUCCCCGGUGAGGACACUAUCAUGAACAUUCCUGGCUUCUACUUGGUGCGUCGGGAAAACCCAGAGUAUUUUCCCCGUGGGAGCAGCUACUGGGACCGCUGUGUGGUGGGAGGUUACCUCUCCCCCAAAGCCGUAGCAGACGCCUUUGAGAAGGUGGUAGCUGGCUCCAUUAACUGGCCAGCAAUUGGGUCUCUCUUGGAUUAUGUGAUCCGCCCAGCAGCUCCCCCCGCAGACUUGACGCUGGAAGUGCAGUAUGAUCCCGAACGGCAUCUUUUUAUUGACUUCCUGCCAUCCCUGACCCUGGGGGACAUCAUACUGGUGGCCAAACCCCAUCGCCUGGCCCAGAACGACAAUCUGUGGCGCCUGAGCCUGCGGCCAGCGGAGACGGCUCGCCUCCGGGCCCUGGACCAGGGUGAUUCUGGCUGCCGCUGCUUGUGCCUGAAGAUCUUGAAAGCAAUAUGCAAGUCAAACCCAGCCCUGGGUCACCUCACUGCCAGCCAGCUCACCAAUGUCAUCCUGCACCUAUCCCAAGAGGAGUCUGACUGGUCCCAGGACAUGCUGGCUGAUCGCUUCCUGCAGGCGCUGAAGGGGUUGAUCCGCUACUUGGAGGCAGGUGUCCUCCCUAGUGCUCUGAGCCCCAAGGUGAACUUGUUUUCAGAACUCACCCCUGAGGAAGUGGAUGAGUUGGGCUAUACCCUCUACAGCUCUCUGUCAGAGCCAGAGGUCUUGCUGCAGACAUAAUGGGGCCUUACCUAGGGAAGUGUUGAUAGGGCUUAGCCAAGGUGGACUUUGAUUACUGCGAAAUAUGUCUCCUCCACUUCUCUCUCUCUUUCUGUCUCCUUUUGGUUCAUUAUUAUUUCCUGCUCUGGAGCUGGUGCUCCCACUGAAUUUCUUGGUGCUACUGGUCCAUUUCCACCAUCUCUGCCCCGACAAAUACCCAUUGGCUAGGGAAAAGAGGCUAAAACUGCAGCUCUAAGAUCUUCACAUAAAUUCUGC